AUCCCCUCAACCAUUAAUAAAAAAAUAUACUGUGAAGCGAAAAACAUAUUUGUUUACUUUCAAUUAAAAACAAAUUAACGCCACGACAACACAAAAAUGGCGUGGAUAUCUGGCUUAGCAGACAAAGCCGAAACUAUUUUAAACAAACUAGAUCAAAAUGCCGCUACAGCUUUGCAAGUUGCAGCAACUACAGGGAGCGAUGGUGAUAGUAGCGAAAGUAAUGCCUUGGAAACAAUGCGACGCAACUUAUCCAAUAGCAAACUCUCAUUGAAAUCAUCGUUUUCACCAAUAAAAGGAAGAACUAUUGGUAGUGCAAAUCUGAGUAAAUCAGUAGAGGGUGAUACAAAUGUAUUAAAUCCAUCAUUUCACACUUCAUUGCCGGAGUCAGUGGAAGCCAGUGAAAAAGUUGAAUGGCACAUAAACUCUGCUGUCUCAUCUCGACGUAGUUCUAUUAAUUCACGUCCCGAUGCUGUGGCCAUUGAAGUGGAGGAAACAACUCCGAAACAUGACAUAUUGAAAAAAGUGGCUACUGAAGGUUCUUUUCUAACUGCAUCUCAUGAAAGUCAAGAAUUGAUGGCAUUUAAAAUUGCCUUAAACGAAAUAACUAACGAACGUGACGAUUUGAGGACACGACUGGCAAAACUAAACCGUGAUAAUGAGAAAGCAGCAUUUCUUUCAAAAAUACAGGGACUGGAAGCACUACUACAGCGUUUAACUGAGGAGCGUGAUCAAGCACAAAAUGAACUGGGUAAAGCGCAAAAUUCAAACAGUGCAUAUACGCACACCAUUUCAGAGCUCGAAACGAAUUUAGCUAAACUACAACAAGAAUAUUUUGAGGUGGCACAGAAACUGCAAAUGCAAAUGAAGGAAACGGAACAGCUCCGUAAAGAGCUGCAAGAAUAUCGACAUAAAGCACAGUACUCACUACAAAUGAAAGACAAUCUUAUAACCGAACUAAAGGCUAACGGCGUGCCGGCUGGUACAGUAACAAAAAAUGAAGAUGAAACUGAACCGCAUUUGUUACAAAUGGAGUUGGACACUUUGAAACAUGAACAUCAACAAACCUUAGAAGAGAGUAGUACAUUGCGCAUGCAAUUAGAGGAUUUACGACGCGAUUGGCAAAUGGUCAAUGAACAACACACCACAUAUAUGGCGAAUUCACGCGCUGCAGAAGAAACAUUAAGGAAAGAAUUGCGUACAGAGCGCGAACGUUUGCUAGCAACAGAGUCAGAGCAACGUGUACAGGCGCAAGAGUUGGCAAAGUUACGACAGCAGCUCAGCAAUCAAAUGGCUGCAUCUGCGACGCGUCUGCAAGAAAAGGAGACCCAAUUGGAACAACUACGUGCUGAAUUGCUGCGGCGCAAGACAACGUUGCAGUCCACCGAUGGUGCAACGGUGGAUAGUUUCGAUGAACGCAUUAAGGCGCUCACACAAACUUUGGUGGAUAAACAGCAAACUGUAGAACGCAUCACAACCGAGCGGAAUGCGCUGCGUAUACAAUUGGAGAAAAUGCAAGAUCAACUGCAACAGCAAUAUGCAUAUAACAGUAAUUUACACAGUGGUAAAGCGGUUUCGCGCAAUUCACUUCUCUCCAACACAACUGAUGACAUCAAAGCUCAAUUCCCACUUCUAAUGCGUGAGAAUCCUUUCGACAACCGUGUGGCUCGACGUGUUAAACGUGUCUACUCUUCACUCGAUUCUGCUGGUAUACGUUUAGGCGCCUUCCUUCGCCGUUAUCCACUCAUGCGCAUAUUUGUGCUCAUGUACGUGGGCCUGUUGCAUUUAUGGGUUAUGUUUGUGUUGAUGUCGUCAUCUCCAAAUUGAAAUAAGCGUAUGUAAAAUUGUAUUAGAUGUAUUUAUAUAUUCAUAGGUGUAUUAUAAUUAUAUUAUCAUCUAUAUAUUGGAGUUUAGUUAUAUAAUUAAUAUAGAUAAAUUAUAUACAUAUAUAAAUCAUGUUGUUAAAAAUUGUAUUUCUCGUGUUCAGAGAAAUUAAAUGACAAAUCUUAAAAAGUAUUUAAUUAUACGUUUUACAUUAAUUAUAAAUAAUAAUUUAAUCAAAAUCAAAUUCAGUACAUAAUCACAUAAAUAUAUUUGUAUUCAAACGUAAGAUUUCGUGCAUCAGAUAAAACUCAAUAAAAACAGCGAAACACUAUCCAUUAACUUGUAGAUAAAAGUAUUAAGAUACUAAUGUUGUUGCUAUUGCAGCGAUAUAAAACAUUUCUCUUAUAUUUUUAUACGCCUCGACAUCAAUUGAUUUUGUAAAAUGCAUUUCACUCUUCAGUUCAUAGUCUGAUUUCAGCUAUCAGUAAAACAUUCUACAGCAUUAAGAAAGAUCUUCAGUGACUUACCGGGAGAAUUUCACCAUGAUCAGAUAUAUAACAGCCUUCAUCCUCCCUGCCAGGAGUCAAUGACAUCACCUCAAUUUCACCGCCCAAGUAAAGAAAUCAAGUAAAUGUGAUACAUCUAAGGAAAUUCAUAGUGAGAGUGAUCGAUCACAUUUUUAGUGUAAGGUAGGUUAGGUUAGAGUGGCCGAUCUCCUGUGCAACAAGAGAUCUUACUUGGAUAACUAAAGCUACUCCUUUGUGAUGCGCAAACUUCUCAAAAUGGAUGUCCAAGACACUCAAGUAAUGACAAAGCGCUUUGAGCCUUUCACGAAUUUGUGUAGGCAACUAAUUUGUAGUCGGGACACUUCAGCUGGUUCUUCGAAGUUUGUUCUGCCAAGCUUGUUCUGAAAGCUGGACAAAGAAGGAGAAAGUGUCUUGACGUUUCAAUAUCCCCUUCAUCCAUGCAACUUUGGCAAUUUGCGUCCGUCAGAAUAUUUAGCCCCACGGCAUGUAACCUCAUUGGGCAGUGGCCAGCAAUAUACUCCCAUUAUCACUGCUAGCUAAACCUUACUAAGAGCUAAUAGCUCAGUGGAUCUCCUGCGAUCCUCCUUAGACAGAGGUAGCACAUCUGAGUAACCUAUCAGUUGGCGGCCGCCUCCGCUUGGCUACGACCCAUUCACAUUUCUUUUGUAGGAAUGGGGAUAGAGGCUCCGCAAAACUAUAAUCCAGAUUUCCAGUCCAAGUCCAAGUGAUCGAGAGUUUCAGAAUGUCCACUUUUGGGACCUUUGGUAUACCCAACUUCUCUGAGUCGAAUAGCCAUCUUUGCGGCAAUACACGUAAUAUCAACCGAUGCUAUACAUAAGUAGAAGGGCAUUGCGUACCAGUGUCGGUGUAGUUCUUAGUGCCUGCAUAUGCUAAUGAGAGCCGCUCUUUGUACACAUUCUAACUUCUUAGCAAAUGUACGCUUUCCGAACGCUUCCGCCAGACUGGUACUCCGGAAAACCGUUUUGGCUUGACUAUGGUUUCGUAGGGCCAGGCCACAACCUUUGGGGAGAGGCACCCGAUCUUCCCGAUGGCUCCUCUGCAACAGUAUAAGGCAACCGAUGCCUUCUUAAUAUUUUCUUCAAUGUUAGGUCUUCAGGAUAGCCUUAUAUCCAAAAUGAGGCCCAAGUAUUUCAUCUUUUCUACAGGUUUAAGCCGAAAUCCUAUCAGAGAGAGGUGGACAUCCGGGAUUCUGUUUUUCCUCGUAAAUAACACCAAUUCGGUUUUACUAGGAUUAACGGCUAAGCAGCAUCUGUUCGCCCAAUUGGCAACCACCCGCAGAUAUCGUUGGGUUACUUCAUAAAUGGUCACCAGAAAUUUUUCUUUGACCAUAAGAGCAACAUCAUCUAUAUAGGCUAUCACAUAGCAGCCUUGUUCGUCUAGUUCCUUCAGUAGGUCGUUCACCACCAGGAUUCAAAGCAAGGGAGAGAGGACGACUCCUUGCUGGGUGCCCCUAUUUACUUUACGCAGUGCGGUUCGAGGUACCUCAAACGUGUCGAGAUCUUUGGCAAGUGUAAGGUAAGAUUAAUAGGUUAAUUUUCGAU